UCGAAAUCGGCCUUUUGCCACGUUGAGAUUGAAGAGAGAAGUUUUACUUGGACCCCUACCCAAAAACUACCCCCAUUCUGAAGGUUGAAGGCAAGAUGAAGCAGUUUUCUACCGUUCUCGUGGCCGCAGUGGCACUCUUCUUUGCUGUUAACGCCGAAGUUGCUGAAGAAAAGGACGUUCUAGUGCUGACAACAGAUAACUUUGAUGAAGUUGUUACAGAAGACAAUUAUGUUCUUGCUGAAUUUUAUGCUCCAUGGUGCGGACACUGCAAAUCUCUAGAACCUGAAUAUGCCAAGGCUGCUGGAGCUCUCAAAGCAGAGGGCUCUGCAAUCAAACUCGCAAAGUGUGACGCAACUGUUGAAACCAAACUUGCCGAGAAAUUCGAGGUCAGAGGCUACCCCACUCUCAAAUUCUUCAAGAAUGGAAAGCCUUUGGAAUAUGCAGGUGGCCGAACUGCUGAUGAGAUCGUCAACUGGGUGAAGAAGAAGACUGGACCCCCUGCCACAGUUUUGGACAGUGUUGAUGCUGCCAAAACUGCCAUCGAAGCUAACGAGGUUGCCGUCAUCGGAUUCUUCAAGGAUGACACAAAUGAAAAUGCCAAGGCUUUCUUGGAAGCUGCAUCUGGUAUCGAUGACAUUCCAUUCUACAUCACCAGCAACGAGGAUGUUGCCAAAGAGAACAAAGCUGAGGGAGAUGCUGUCGUACUUUUCAAGAAGUUUGAUGAGGGCCGCAACGACUAUGAUGGCGAAUAUGAUGCUGAAAAGAUCACUGCUUUCGUUCAAGCCAACCAGCUUCCAUUGGUUGUUGAGUUCACCCAAGAGAGCGCACAAAAGAUCUUCGGAGGAGAUCAGAAGAAACACAUUCUGUUGUUCAUUAGCAAGAAGACUGAUAACUUCCAAUCCACUCUUGAUGAUUACAAAGGUGCCGCUGGAGACUUCAAAGGAGAAGUCCUCUUCAUCUACAUCAAUGUUGAUGAUGAAGAAAAUGCCAGAAUCUUGGAAUUCUUUGGACUCAAGACUGAAGAUGUCCCAACUGUCAGAUACAUCUCUCUCGGGGAAGAUAUGGUCAAAUACAAGCCAGAGACUGAUGAGCUCUCAACUGAAGCCGUCAAGAAGUUCGUCAGCUCUGUCCUCGAUGGAUCCCUUAAACCCCAUCUUAUGACUGAAGAUGUACCAGAAGAUUGGGAUGCCAAGCCAGUUAAGGUUCUCGUAGGAAAGAACUUCGAAGAAGUAGCACUUAACAAAGAGAAAAAUGUAUUCGUAGAAUUCUAUGCCCCAUGGUGCGGACACUGCAAACAGUUGGCUCCAAUCUGGGAUGAGCUUGCCGAGAAAUUCAAGGACAAUGAAGAUGUCGUCGUUGCCAAGAUGGAUUCCACAACCAACGAGGUUGAGAGUGUCAAAGUACAGAGUUUCCCAACUCUAAAAUUCUUCCCCAAAGGAUCUGAUGAGAUUGUUGACUACAAUGGAGAGAGAACUCUUGAAGGAUUCACUAAAUUCUUGCAAUCUGGUGGCAAAGAGGGUUCUGGCCCAAGUGAUGAGGAGGGAGAAGAUGAGGAUGAAGUCGAUGAAGAAGAAGGCGAGGAAGAGAUUGAACAGAAGGAUGAAUUAUAAACUGUAGUUCACAAUAAAAAAUAGUUCCGGCUUCUGCCAGUAUCCAUCCACCAUCUCCAAACAUCUCAUUAUGCGAUACUGCAGUCCAGAACUUCAUUAUAACAACAACAAAAAGCCAAACGUCAUUCAUCAUUUGCGCAGGAAUUCCAAUUUUGAACUUAUUUGUUUGAAAUAAGAAGUUUUGCACAGUUGCUCAUGUACUUUUCAUUCAGGACUGCUAACGAAAGGCAGUAGAUCUAUAUUCAAAGCAAAUCCAAGUGUCAUUGAUUUUUAUAUAUCAGUAUUAUAUAAAUUAUAAUAUGAAUAUAUUAUUCAUUUGAACGAUUGAUUUCUCAACUGGUCAACAGCUUGGACUGGAUCUUUUAUAUGUAUUUCUGCGGCGAAGUGUCGGGCUAAAGUGCCUACAUACAUCAUUAGAUCCAGUCUAGGUUGAUAUUACACUAAAUGGUGCUUCAUGUAUUUAAUAUCUUGCAAAUACCACCCAGGAGAUCUCAGAUUCAAAAUGUUAUACCUGUAUUGUACUGUAUAGAAAUCAAAUAUGUGUCUCAUCCUUUAACGCCUGCUCUUAAAGGUCUUUCAAAAUUAUUUUUUUGAAAUUUGAUAUUUUUUGAAAGAAUUCCAAGAAUAGGCGAUUGUGUGCAGCAAACGACCAACCAUACAUAAAUUGUACAUGUAAAUGUAUAAUAAUUGUAAAGCUAGAUUGUAUUUGUACAAUACUGACAGAAAAAUCCCAGUUUAUGGGACCAUUAGAAUAGCCUAUCAAAAGAUGUAAAAUAUUCACUGCAGAGUGCUUGUGUGUGUACGAAGAAGGAGAUAGUUGUGUUCAGGCAAUGUUUUCUAGCUUAUCAGCUUCUUGAGAUGUUGAGAAACAUAUGGUUUGUAACUUAUACCAAUAGGUUAUUUGUGCAAUUGAAGUUAGUAAGGUUGCUCUAAAUAUGCUUGCUAUCUGUAUCGAGAGCGUGUGAAUAUAUCCAUAAAUAGCAAUUAAUUAAAAUUAAAUUUGAAGAUUGCUUUGGGUUAUUUGUGGUAACAUAUCUAUGUUGUAGUUAGUUAACGUUGCAUAGUCUGUCAAAGGGGCUCGUUGAUGUUAAAAUACAAUUUCCCAUUGAUAAUUAUAGUUACAAAAAAAGGACAGCUAUUUCUGAGAUUCUGAAGGACAUGUUAUUAGCAUUUAUAAUUUUGUACAUAGCCAUGACACUUCUGUAAAAUUUCAAUUAUAUAUAGCCUAAAGUACAUCCAAUGUAUUCUUGUUGCCUUUGAGAAAUAAAUGUAUUCGUACAUUCAGUAUGUCCGUAUAUAGCCAAAAAUCGCAUGUAGUUUUCUCUAGCAUGUUAAAGUAUAGUAAAAUGGGAGGAAGCUACAUGUGAACAUCAUGUAGUCAUAGUUGCUAUAAUCGAAACUAAAUAUUGUUAUUUAUUUUAAUUUUCAAUUCAUCUGCACUCAACCUUCAGUUGUCCGACCAUUUGGCGGAACAUUUCCGUCAACUGAAUUUUAGUCGGGGUUUUAGUCCUCUGGUGAUGGUCUUGAAUUCUUCAUUCUUAAACAAUUCAUUGUAACACUUCUCCGUUUCAGUUUCAGAUCAAGUGGCUCAUUAAAAACAUUCUAGUUUUUAUCUAGAUCUACAAUUUAGUUAUAAAAGAUAUUCCAAAAUAAAAAAAAUCGUACAUGUUAAAAUGACGAUUAUUAUUUAAAAUAAAAAUGUGGAAAAAUA